AUGCUCGCAGAGGACCUCAGAAAGGCGUUUGAGGCCGAGAACGCGGAGCUGGGGCUGCUGGGGGUGCCGCGGGCGCUGAAGAAGCUGGAGAGCCGCGCAGCAGCAGCAAAGAAAGUCUUGAGUGCCAACAAAGCAACAAAUGUGAAGAUUGAAGGAGUUUACAAAAACAAAAGUUUGGAAAAGCUGGGAAGCUCAGCGGCAGCAAAAAGGUCUCCUUCAAAACCCAAAAUGAUUUUGCUGUUGAGCUGCUGGAGAAUGGCCACGUCUUGA